CGCGCGCCGCCUGCGCCUCUCGGUGCCCCGCCCGGCUGGACUCCCGCCCCUAGCCCGACCCACACGUGGGUUUCCGCACGUCCGCCCGGCUCCCACCCUGACGUCAGCCCGAGGUUCCAUUUAAGGCCCCUCCCGCUUCGGGCUCGGUGUGCUGGAGCCGCUGUCGCUGAGUCCGGACCCCGCUGCCCUCUGCCGCGCGCCCCGACGCCGCCCAUCGUCCACUCCCGGUCCCUUUUGGUUCCAAGUCCAGGAUGGCAAGCCUCAAGGAUCAGCUGAUUGUGAACCUUCUUAAGGAAGAACAGACCCCCCAGAACAAGAUUACAGUGGUUGGGGUUGGUGCUGUUGGCAUGGCCUGUGCCAUCAGUAUCUUGAUGAAGGACUUGGCAGAUGAGCUUGCGCUUGUUGAUGUCAUGGAGGACAAACUGAAGGGCGAGAUGAUGGAUCUGCAGCAUGGCAGCCUUUUCCUUAAAACACCAAAAAUUGUCUCCGGCAAAGACUACAGUGUAACUGCCAAUUCCAAGCUGGUCAUCAUCACAGCUGGGGCGCGGCAGCAGGAGGGGGAGAGUCGUCUCAAUUUGGUCCAGCGUAAUGUGAACAUCUUCAAGUUCAUCAUCCCUAAUGUUGUGAAGUACAGUCCAAACUGCAAAUUGCUCGUCGUUUCAAAUCCAGUGGAUAUCUUGACCUAUGUGGCUUGGAAGAUAAGUGGCUUUCCCAAAAACAGAGUUAUUGGAAGUGGUUGCAAUCUGGAUUCAGCCCGGUUCCGUUACCUGAUGGGAGAAAGGCUGGGUGUUCACCCACUGAGCUGUCACGGAUGGGUCCUUGGGGAGCAUGGAGACUCGAGUGUGCCUGUGUGGAGUGGCGUGAACGUUGCUGGCAUCACCCUGAAGAAUCUGAACCCAGACCUGGGCACCGAUGCAGAUAAGGAACAGUGGAAGGAUGUUCACAAACAGGUGGUUGACAGUGCCUAUGAGGUGAUCAAAUUGAAAGGUUAUACUUCCUGGGCCAUUGGACUGUCUGUGGCAGAUCUGGCGGAGAGCAUAAUGAAGAAUCUUAGGCGGGUGCACCCAAUUUCCACCAUGAUUAAGGGUCUCUACGGAAUAAAGGAUGAUGUCUUCCUCAGUGUGCCCUGUGUCCUGGGACAGAACGGGAUCUCAGACGUGGUGAAGGUGACUCUGACCCCAGAAGAGGAGGCCCGCCUGAAGAAGAGCGCAGACACGCUCUGGGGAAUCCAGAAGGAGCUGCAGUUUUAGUCUCCUGACGUCACAGCCUGCACUGUCCAGGCUGCAGCAGGCUUUCUGCUGGAGAUUGUACAUGUUUUCCUUUCCACCUGAGCUGUGAUCAGUGCAGUUGUAUGAAGAAGGUGUAGGAAAGCAUGGAGUUCCUAAAGGUAGAAGCCCCACCACAGCUGUAUCCUGAUGCUAAAUGGUACUUGUGUAGUUGUAAACUGGUUAGUGUGAAAAAGUUUUACCAUCUGAGACACCACUGCCAAUUUGUACAGGAUCCACUUCCCUGUAAACCGGAUGUCUUACUGUGUGCUAUCUGACUUCACCAAACAUGCCUAGUCAAGUUUUUUCCAAUUAGUCACAUCCUGGGAUGCAGUGUAUAAAUCCAUUACAGCAUGUCUUAUGCAGAAUUGUCCUAAAGGAUCUUAUUUUGUGUAUUAUUUAAUGUAUCAAUGUACACAGCAAUAGAAUGUAAAAAGUAAAAUCUGCAUAUGGGUAAUGCAAUCAGCUACCAAGUGUCCUGCCAACUGAAACACCAAAUAAACCUUGAACAGUG